AUGUCUGAGCACAACCAAAAUUCUGAUCAAGAGGAAGAUUUUGGGGAAGACAUUGAUGAAGAUGAAAUCUUAGCAAAUUUGUCCCCUGAAGAACUUAGGGAACUGCAAUCAGAAAUGGAAGUCAUGGCUCCAGAUCCUCACCUGCCAGUGGGAAUGAUUCAGAAGGAUCAAACCGAGAAAUCUCCAACCGGAAACUUUGAUCACCGAUCUCUUGUUGAUUACAUGUAUUGGCAGAAGGCAUCAAGACGCAUGCUGGAAGAUGAAAGAGUUCCUGUCACCCUUUUGCCAUCUGAGAAAAACCGUGCAGAAAAAGCUCAAGAAUUAGGAAUGGGUAGUAGAAAUGUGCAGCAGAUUGAAACAGCAAAAUUCAAUAAAGAAAGAGUAAAUAACAUAGAUACAAACACCAAAGGUGACCAGAACACAAAUGAUGAUGAUGAUGAUGAUGAUGAUGAUGAUGAAGAUGAAGAGGACGAUGAUGAUGAGGAUGAUGAAGAGGAGGAAGAGGAGGAGGAAGAGGAGGAAGAAGAACCCGAAGAACAUGGAGAAAAGAGAGUAAAGGAGCAAAACACGGGUGAAACCAGCAACAGUGAACAGAUACCAAAUAAAGCGGCCUCAGAUUCAAAGGAAAAGUCAGAGAACCCUGAAAAAAGUGAGAAAAAAAUAUCAAAAUUAGAUCCCAAAAAGUUAGCCUUGGAUACUAGCUUUAUGAAAAUCAGUGCUAGGCCUUCGGGAAAUCAAACCAAUUUAGAUGAAAGCUUAAGGAAUGUUCGAAAAAAUGAUCCAGACAUGAAGGAACUCAAUUUGAACAAUAUUGAAAACAUCCCCAAAGAAAUGCUGUUGGACUUUGUCAAUGCAAUGAAGAAAAACAAACACAUAAAAACAUUUAGCUUAGCUAAUGUGGGAGCAGAUGAAAACACAGCGUUUGCUCUGGCCAACAUGUUACGUGAAAACAGGAGUAUCACUACCCUCAAUAUUGAGUCCAAUUUCAUCACAGGUAAAGGAAUUGUAGCCAUCAUGAGGUGUCUCCAAUAUAAUGAGACACUCACAGAACUCCGUUUCCACAAUCAGAGACACAUGCUAGGCCAUCAUGCAGAAAUGGAAAUAUCCAGACUUUUGAAAGCUAACAGUACACUGCUGAAGUUGGGCUACCAUUUUGAGCUUCCAGGACCCAGAAUGGUGGUAACUAAUCUGCUCACUAGAAAUCUCGACAAACAGAGACAGAAAAGGCAAGAGGAGCAGAAACAGCACCAACUCCGAGAACAGAAAGAAUUAAUCGCUAUGUUAGAAAAUGGUCUGGGGCUGCCUCCUGGUAUGUGGGAGAUGCUCGGAGGACCAAUGCCAGACUCAAGGAUGCGUGAAUUACUGAAGUCUCCUAAACCUCCCAUCUCCCAUACAACACCUUUCAGCCAAAAACAUGAAAUGACUAGAAGUUCACCUCAAUCUGAACAAAAAUACAAUGUUGAGCCUGGUUCCUUUAAAGUGGUCAAGCUCAAGAGAAUCCAGCGCAAGUCUAGAAUGCCAGAAUUCAGAGAACCACCAGAAAAAACCAAUCUCAAAGAUGUGAUCAAAACCCUCAAGCCUGUUCCAAGGAGCAGGCCACCUCCUCUAGUUGAAAUCACCCCUAGAGACCAGUUAUUGAAUGACAUUCGUCACAGCAAUGUUGCAUAUCUUAAACCUGUGCAAGUGCCAAAAGAACUGGAAUAAAGAGCAAUAGAAUAAUUCAGAAGAAAGAAGAAACUUGAAAAAAAAGACUACUCAAGUACCGC